UUGUACAUUUGUGAAAUGUAAGUUGCGGUCACUUGCGACAGUAUUUGUCAUCUGUGCAAACAGCGUACAAGCUACACAACAAAUAAACCGCUGCAAGCAACAGUUCAAUUUAUUGUUAAGACUUGUGUAUUAAAAACAAGACGUUCGCAACGCCAGCUUAGCAACGAACACAUCACCACAUCACCAACAUCUGCAACAGCAACAGCAACCACAAAACAGCUCUUCAAGAUGUCUUCACGUAAAACCGCCGGACGUCGUGCCACCACCAAGAAACGCGCCCAACGUGCCACCUCCAAUGUGUUCGCCAUGUUCGAUCAGGCGCAGAUCGCCGAGUUUAAGGAGGCCUUCAAUAUGAUUGAUCAGAAUCGUGAUGGUUUCGUGGAGAAGGAGGAUCUGCACGAUAUGCUCGCAUCGUUGGGCAAAAAUCCCACCGAUGAUUAUUUGGAUGGCAUGAUGAACGAGGCGCCGGGACCAAUUAACUUCACCAUGUUCCUCACGCUGUUCGGUGAACGCCUGCAGGGCACCGAUCCCGAGGAUGUGAUCAAGAAUGCCUUCGGUUGUUUCGAUGAGGAGAACAUGGGCGUGCUGCCCGAGGAUCGUUUGCGUGAGCUGCUCACCACAAUGGGCGAUCGUUUCACAGAUGAAGAUGUCGAUGAAAUGUAUCGCGAGGCACCGAUCAAGAAUGGUCUAUUUGAUUAUCUGGAAUUCACACGCAUUCUCAAGCACGGCGCCAAGGACAAGGAUGAGCAAUAGGCUGUUUGCAAAGAAAACACUUUUUAUACGUAGUUUCUUUUUUUUUGCUGAAUGAUAACAAUUCCAGCUUCCGGUGCGGCGCCUCCCACACUUCCAGCUGCCCAGCCGGCGAAUAAUACUGUCCAAGAAAACAAAAACGAAGAAAAAACUGUCAGACGAAUCGUGUAUUUUUUGAUAAAUUAAUAUUAAUAUUAUUAUUGCCACCUCUCCUAUUGAUUAAUCAACUAUCUACAUAUGUUUUUCAAUUUUUUUUCGUGCUCCGUUUUGCAUUUCCAUCUACUAUAUAUAUAUAUUACAAUUCGAGAACAAUGCGCAAUGAAUUCUUUCCCGAUUCGCAUAAGUAUUAACUCAUCUACUAGUAUAUACAUAUAUGAUUAUUAUAUAUAUAUAUAUAUAAACGUAUACAUACCUAAAUACAAAUACAUUGCCCAUUGUACACGCUUAGUUCGUUAA